AUGCCUGAAGAGGAUCAUUAUGCAAAAUCUUUGUGGUGGGGUUUUUGCCUCGGCUCCUGCUUGCAGUUCCCUCUACGAAAGUACUACUAUGUUGACCAGUUAGUGACCUGGCCUAAAGCUCAGCAGUUCUGCAGGGAGCAUUACACCGACCUGGCCACGUUUGAGAGCUUGGACGACAUAAAGAGGCUGCAACCUACUAUUUCCUAUUCCUGGGCAUGGAUCGGACUCUGGGAUGAUCCGAAUGCCUGGCAAACUGCAAUGGGCAACAAGUCCAACUCCUGGAGAUGGUCUGCAACCGGAGAAACCAGUAAAACUGGUUACCGUUUGUGGGGCACUGGUGAUCCAGACUUCAGAUAUUCAGGGGAGAUGUGUACGUUUAUGGAUAAAGCUGGAUACUGGUAUGAUGAUAACUGUGGGGUGAAACACGAAUUUAUUUGUUACAAUGAGCUCAAUGUGAAACAACAUGUGUUCAUCGCAACUCCGGCAACAUGGAGUGAUGCUCAGAGUUACUGCAGAACGCAUCACACCGACUUGGCAAUGAUUGAGAACGAGGCAGAAAACUCUGCAGUCAAACAGUUAAUUCCAGUUGGAGUCGAUGUUUGGUUCGGGCUGUACCGAGUGCCGUGGAGCUGGUCUGACAAGAGUCCCAGCCUCUUCCGACGAUGGGUCUCUCCUGAACCAGACAACUACGGGGGUAUUCAGAACUGUGUCUGCGAGAAUACAGCACAUAUUGGUAAAAACGAGCACCACUGUGAAAAUGACGAUGACAAGCGACGUCGAUCUGACCGAUCCAGCCGUCAACGCCCAGGUCCUCCAGCAGGUUUUUGCCUCGGCUCCUGCUUGCAGUUCCCUCUACGAAAGUACUACUAUGUUAACCAGUCAGUGACCUGGCCUGACGCUCAGCAGUUCUGCAGGGAGCAUUACACCGACCUGGCCACGUUUGAGAGCUUGGACGACAUAAAGAGGCUGCAACCUAAUAUUUCCUAUUCCUUUGCAUGGAUCGGACUCUGGGAUGAUCCGAAUGCCUGGCAAACUGCAAUGGGCAACAAGUCCAACUCCUGGAGAUGGUCUUCGACUGGAGAAACCAGUAAAACUGGUUACCGGUCAUGGGCCACUGGUGAGCCAAACUUUAUAGAAGGAAAGGAGACGUGUGUGACGAUCUAUGCUGGAAAGUGGUAUGAUAAAUCCUGUAACAUGGAGAACAGCUUUGCUUGUUACACUGGUGAGAAUAUAAAUAUUUUAAAUUUUAUUGGAAGACUUUCACCACUACAAUCCUGCUUUUGUUUUUAUGCAGUCACAGAGCUCAAUGUGAAACAACAUGUGUUCAUCGCAACUCCGGCAACAUGGAGUGAUGCUCAGAGUUACUGCAGAACGCAUCACACCGACUUGGCAAUGAUUGAGAACGAGGCAGAAAACUCUGCAGUCAAACAGUUAAUUCCAGUUGGAGUCGAUGUUUGGAUCGGGCUGUACCGAGUGCCGUGGAGCUGGUCUGACAAGAGUCCCAGCCUCUUCCGACAAUGGCGCCCUUCCGAACCAAACAACUACGGGGGUAUUCAGCACUGUGUCUGGGAGAAUACAGCACAUAUGUGGGGUGAUGAAAAGUGUAAUGCCACCAAAGUCUUCAUUUGUGAACAAGUGGUAAAAACGAGCACCACUGUGAAAAUGACGAUGACAAGCGACGUCGAUCUGACCGAUCCAGCCGUCAACGCCCAGGUCCUCCAGCAGCUUGGUGCCUUGCUGACGAACCAGGGAUGGACUGAUUUCAAAGUGAAAUGGAAGAUUGUCUCCAAGAAAAACAAAGAAAACUGAAUGCAGCAAAUUAAUUACAUCUGCUGAUUUACAGGCCUUGUGUUUUUACCUUCUGCUCAAUCAGAUUGCAAAUUAUUGUCAUAGAAAGUAAUGGUAUCUUAGGUUUUAAAGGGGACCUAUUACUCAAAACUCACUUUUUGUACGUCUUUAUGCUUACAUUUGGGUUUCAACUGCUU